GCAAAGUUAUUCGGCAGAGGUAAAGAAUACGCGCACCACACGUUUUCGGCGUAUUCUUUACCUUCGCCAGUUAUUUUCCAAGAGAUUUGAAACAGAACCGGAAGAUACAUCGCAGGGUCUUUCUGACGUUUAACGAUCGUAUCUAGUUUUGCAAGCCGGAAUAUUAACUUUAAUAAGAAUGUCCUUCAAAAUUAAAAAAAUAAAAAGUUUUAUGAAGCAAGGGAGAUAACGCACAAGACCUUUAAAUUCCAACAUGGCUACUUACACACUGCCAUGUGUUUUCUCGCGUCAAAUUAUAAACAAACAUCGACUCAGAGCCGUCCGUGCAGCUUUUCGAACGUUUUCACUUUGUAGCAGUCAUAAUGCUAACAAGAUGUCAGCUGCAGAAUUUGAUGAACUUCGUCGUCAAAGAAUGGCUCGAGGUCUUCCUAAAAAAAAGCCAAUCGAUGGAAUUAAACAUGUUAUUGUUGUAUCUUCUGCAAAAGGUGGUGUUGGCAAGUCAACAACUGCAGUCAAUCUGGCAUUGGGUUUAGCUGCAUUGGACAAGGACAAAACAGUAGGCAUCCUUGAUGCUGAUAUUUUUGGUCCGUCAAUUCCUAAGAUGAUGAAUCUAGAAGCAGAACCAGAACUUAAUCAUGCUAACAUGAUGAUACCUCUGAAAAAUUUUGGCAUAAAAUGCAUGUCAAUGGGAUUUUUAGUUGAUGAAAAGUCUCCAAUUGUAUGGCGAGGUCCCAUGGUCAUUUCUGCCAUUGACAAAUUGCUCAGACAGGUUUCAUGGUCUAAUACUGACUACCUCAUUGUGGACAUGCCUCCAGGAACAGGAGAUACACAGCUUUCUUUGACUCAAAAUAUACCAAUUGCAGGAGCUGUAAUUGUGACCACUCCUCAAGAUAUUGCUUUAAUGGAUGCUAGGCGUGGAGUAGAGAUGUUUGCUAAAGUGAGUGUUCCCAUUCUUGGAAUCAUACAGAACAUGAGCAUUCAUAUUUGUUCCAAAUGUGGACAUGCAGAACAUAUUUUUGGCAAGGAUGGUGCCCAGAGAAUGGCCACAGAGCUUGGCAUUGAAAUUUUGGGAGAUAUUCCUCUUCAUAUUGAUAUUCGAGAAAAAAGUGACAGUGGUGCCCCUAUAGUUGUAUCUAAACCAGACAGCCCUCAGGCUAACAUUUACAAAGAUAUAGCUGCAAAAUUGGCUCAGAAAGUUUCAGAAGCAAAUUGAUAUUGAAUUGUAUUUAUCAUUGUACUUAAGUAUAAGAAUAUUAAUGCAAUUUGUUGCAUGGUUUGCAUUUCUGUUUCUUUUUGAAACAUUUAUUUUCACCUAGCAAGAACCUUCUUCACAUAGCAAGAACCUUCUUAGAACCUUUGUGGUGUUAUAUGCUUCAAUACUGAAUGGAAAACUUAUUUAACAAUUUCAAACAUUGUAACUACCCACUAUAUUUGUAAAUAGCAGGCAUAGCUGUGUGGUUAAGAAGCUUGCUUUGCAACCACAGGGUUUCAGGUUCAGUCCCAUUGUGUAGUACCUUGGGUAAGUGUUUUCUGCUAUAACCCCAGGCCAAAAUAAGCCUUGUGAGUGAAUUUGCUUGACUGUGGAAACCCAUCAUGUGUGUGUGUGUCCCCACACUUCACCACUUGACAAUUGGCAUUGCUUCAUUUACACCCCAGUAACUUAGCAAUUUGACAAAAGUGACCAAUAGAAUAAGUACUAACCUUAGAAAGUAAGUACCGGGGUCAAUUUGUUUGACUACAGCCACAGUCCAGUGGUUGAAACGGUAACUUAAUAUUAGUAUUAAGUUACUUUUAUCAACACCACAAUUGCCGAGAGUAUUUUGAAUUGCAGUUAAUGGUUUCAAAUUUUAGCACAAGGCCAGCAAGACCAGGGGAGUGGGGUAAGUCAAUUACAUUGGUAAUUAUUUAAACAACUGGUACUUAUUUAAACAACUCUAAAAGGAUGAAAAGCAAAGUCAACCUCAGCAAAAUUUGAACUCAGAACUUAAAGAUGAAUGAAUGCUACUAAGCAUUUUGCCUGGCAUGCUAACAAUUCUGCCAGAUCACUGCUUUAAUGAACUUUAAAAUUGGUUUCAAACUUUGGCACAAGGCCAACAAAUUUGGGGGAGGGGGUAAGUUGAUUGCACAGUGCUCAGCUGGUACUUACCAUAUUUUAACGUGUAUAAGGAACCCCCCAAUUUUGGGGACUUAAAAUUUGGAAAAAAGGUUUUAUAAGGGAUUAUAGUACUCAUCAUCAUCAUCAUCAUCAUUUAACGUCUGCUUUCCAUGCUGAGGUUGACUUUGCUUUUCAUCCUUUUAGAGUUGUUUAAAUAAGUACCAGUUGUUUAAAUAAUUACCAAUGUAAUUGACUUACCCCACUCCCCUGGUCUUGCUGGCCUUGUGCUAAAAUUUGAAACGAUUUGACUGAGGACUGGCAAGCCAGAAGGCUGCACCAGGCUCCAAUCUGAUCUGGCAGAGUUUCUACAGCUGGAUGCCCUUCCUAAUACCAACCACUCCGAGAGUGUAGUGGGUGCUUUUACGUGCCACUGGCACGAGGUACUGGCAACAGCUACGCUCAAAAAGGUAUCUUUUUACAUGCCACCUGCACGGAAGCCAGUCCAGCGGCACUGGCAACAACAAAUUCCCAUAUUUUUUAACCUAAUUUUUGACAAAAACGGUUUUCCUUAUACAUGUUAAAAUACAGUAUUUUAUUGAUCUUGAUAGUAUGAAAGACAAAGUCAACCUUGGCGAAAUGUGAAUUCAGAACUUAAAGGUGAAUGAAAUAUUGCUUAGCAUUUUGCCCAACAUACUAACAGUUCUGCCAGCUCACCACCUUUGAAUUGCUAUUAAUGAUAAGUGAUUUGAUUGCAAAUUCGUGUAAGCAAGUUAACUCUUCUAUGUUAUCAAACACUUAAUACUACAUAUUGUGUUCUAUAUAAUUAUUUAAACAAUCUUUAAUAAAGUAUUGUGGAUGUAAAAGUUCAGAUUCCUGUCUGUUGGCCAGCUAAUCUUGAUUUCAGACCUUGUUGCAGCCAUUAUGUGAAGGCACAUGAUUUAGUGGUUAGCCUACUUCUCAUGAUCAUCUGAUCUGCUAGAAAUAACAGUGAUAUCUUCUUCAAAUCACAUACUGCCAUUUUAAAUAACAAAAGGUCGUAUUAAAUAAUGUAUUCCUACAUACUCUUGAGAAGGUAAAAUGAUCAUGUCUGUAAUGCUUUAAUCAUAAUUUGCUCAGUGAUUGUUGACUCAGGGUUAAAUGACUAACAAUAAUUACAUAUGGUUUCGAUUACUGGAAAACAUUCAUACAUUCAAAAAAAUUAUAAAGUAAUUUCUUUAUAAAACUGUGGCAGAAAAGUUAAGAACAUUGAAAACCCACAUUAAGAAUGAAUCAUUCUGAGUUCACAACCAGCGUAAGGUAAAUGUGUAUGUGUAGAAAUAAAACACUAGAAGAUGACAAAAUAGUAGCCUGAUAAGAAUAUAAAAGUUGAGAUUAAUUGUUCAAAACUUUGAGAAAAUAUGAGAAGCUACUGAAUCUUAAAAUACCUGUAAAAAUCAUGACUAUUUAUAAUAAAAAUUAUAUUUAUUUA